AUGGACUUUAUAUUGAAACCAGUUAUUUCAUGUGCUGGUGAUGAAAAUCUUUUGCCUUAUUUCGAAAGCCGCUGUUUAUCGACUUUGGGGAGUCAACAGGUGGUAUGGAAGCAUCCAAAACUGUCAAUGGUUCAUUCUGUACGAUUAGGAGCAUGUUUUACAAGAUUUCGUGUUAGCCAGUUACAGUCUAACGUCAAAGUUUUAUCAAGUGGAAGACCUAUUCGACCUGUCGGUACAUUUCAACCAUUACUUUAUAUUUAUGUGACUUCAAAUGAUGUUUCUCAUUAUACAUCACAUGGUGGACGGAAUGCUAUCGGUAGUUGGUUAGGCCAUUUACGUGCCAGAAAUGUAUUUGACUGGCUUAUUAUUAUGGUUAAUUCGGAUCCACAGUAUAACACACCAAAAAUUCUACAAAAAUCAAAUGUACUUGACAAAAUUAGAAGUGAUUUUAAUGUUCGUACAGGCGACCGACAAUUUCUAGAAGUACCAGCACCUAAUUCAGCUGAAGAAAAAACUAUUCAAUGA